AUGAUGCCUUCAGAGAACCUAGCCAUUGUCUUCACUCCCAGCCUCAUGAGUUCCUCCUUCACUGACCCAACCAGCUGUCUUGAAGGGGCUAAAUUUGAACAGGCCGUUGUGGAACGCAUGAUAUCUAACUAUGCGUGGCUCUUUGCGGAUGGCCCCACCACCACCAGCACUGGCGCCUCCUCUUCAGCCUCGUCCUCACCCCCCUCGUCCACCGUUACCACCGGUAUCCGU